AUGGAUCAACUGCCUACAUCUCGCGUCUCACAAUCACUUGUUUUUGAAAGCACUGGCGUAGACUACGCUGGGCCUGUUCAACUGAAAUUCUUUCAAGGACGAAGUACACGCUGCUACACAGGCUGGAUUGCAGUCUUUGUUUGCUUCUCAACUUCUGCAAUUCACUUGGAAGCUGUAAGUGAUUACACUGCAGAAGGCUUUCUCAAGGCGUUCAGAAAAUUCACAAGUCAUCGUGGCAUCUGCAAAACUCUUUUCAGUGACUAUGGCACUAACUUCAAAGGUGCAGAUGUCAUUCUCAAACAACUUCUCACAGGUGCACUAAACGAAUCAUCUUACCUUCAGCAAAUUCUCACCUCAGACGGAACUCAGUGGAUUUUUAACCCACUUGGUGCUCUACAUAUGGGUGGAAAGUGGGAAGCGGCUGUUAAAUCAGUCAAACAUCAUCUCCAAUGCACCAUUGCUGAUCUACUUCUCGUCUAUAAAGACUUCUCAACGUUCCUCACUCAAGUUAAGGCACUAUUAAAUUCAAGGCAACUCAGUGCACUUACUGAUGACCCAGAUGACAUCUCAGCUCUCACUCCUGGACAUUUUAUCCGGGGUGCGCCACUCAACACUGUUCUUGAACCAAGUCUCACCAGUGUACCAACAUCUCGUCUCUCACUCUAUAAAAGAAUUCAAGAAAGACUUCAGUAUUUCUGGGAACGCUGGUCUGCUGAAUGUCUGCAAUCUCACCAAUCCAUCUCAAAAUGGCAUACAUCUCACCAUGGUAUCAAGAUGUUUUUUCUCUAA